AUGACACUCAACGGUUUCGGCAACGGAACCGUUGUUGACUCUCAUAUUCCUAUGGAUGUUAUUCGGCGACGUAAAGAACAAUUGAAAAAGGAAAUUCAAGAAAUUCGAGAGAAAAUUGCUCAAUGUGAAAUCGAAAUGUCUAUGAUCCAAUCACAUAGUAAUGAUGAUCGUCGUCAUUCCAAUGUGAAACAGUGGUCGGCGGGGAAAAAGCAUUUCAAUGAUAAUCCAAAAGAAGGUAUUCGUUGGUUAAUCGAAAAUGGUCUAUUACAAAACACAUCAGAACAUACAGCUGCUUUUCUGUUUAACGAAACUGGGCUAAGCAAACGUGCGAUUGGAGAUUAUCUCGGAGAGAAAGAUGAUUUUCAUAUUGAAGUUCUGAAACAUUUCGCACAUAUGCACGAUUUCUUUUCGAUGGAUAUUGUUGAUGCAUUGAGACGAUAUUUAUUCACAUUCAUUCUUCCGGGUGAAGCCCAGAAAAUUGAUCGAAUUAUGGAAGCGUUCGCUCAACGUUAUUAUGAAUGUAAUCCACAUAUUUAUGCAUCUGCUGAAGUAUGCUAUAUCGUCUCAUUCGCAAUUAUUAUGUUAAAUACGUCAUUACAUAAUAAAAGUGCUCGUUUGGGCGGUGGACCAUUGACUUAUGAGAAGUUUGUCAAUAGUCUGAAUGAAACUGUUGCACGAAAUCAAAUGCCUGAUCAAACUAUAGUCAAAAAUAUUUAUGAUAAUAUAAAAAAUAAUGAACUGAAAUUUCCCGAUGAAGACGUCAACUCUACUAUGCCUGUUUUUGGUAGUGAUUCAACAGUAUUAAAAGAAGGAUGGUUGUGGAAACAAGGUGGUCGUGUGAAAAACUGGAAACGACGAUGGUUUGUCAUCACGGAUGGUUGUCUAUUCUAUUUCGAAUCAAACUUAGAAGUUGAUAGUCCUCGCGGAGUGAUUCCACUCGUCGAUGUUGGUAUUCGUGAAAUCGACGAUGAUCGGACAAAACAAUUUUGUUUCGAACUCUUCCCAUUAACAGGCGAUAAGGUUAAAGCAAGUAAACCAGCCCCCGGCGAAAUCGGCAAAUGGAUUGAUGGUCAUCAUACAGUGUAUCGCAUGUCGGCAUUAUCGGAAGACGAUCGGAAAGAUUGGAUCCGUGCAUUACGUAUUGCAAGUCAAAAUCAAUUACCAAAACAAAGACUUUCAUAG